UAGAGUUACGUGUCUUAGCAUCGUUUCGUCAAGCUAACACAACAGUUUAGCGUACCGGGAUUCCCAUAAACAAUUGAAGAAUAAACAACAACCAAAGAAAAACAAAUUAACAAAAAAAAUAUAAACUCACCGUCACCACCUUAUCGUGUAAAUCUGCAAAUGAUCGUGUAAUUGGUGUAAUAAUUCAGCGGUAAACAUUUCGUGAUCUUUCAUCAGCCACAAAUCAACAUCAUUUUCAUUGUGAUAUCAAAGUAGACAAAGUUAUUUCAUAUGUACAUGUCUUACCCUUGUUGGGUACGGUUGAUAUGUGUUUUCAGUUUUUGUUUGGGGCUUAGAACUUUUGAUGUCUUACAAGAGUAUCAAAUCUUUCAACUACUGAUCGAUUGCUUUUGACAUAUUUUCCAAAUUUAAAGCAAUUUUCAUAAAUUUCGUUGUUAUAUCUUUUUUUCGCUUUUGGAUUGCAUAGAAGAAUUUAUGUCGACAGGAAAUGGCGGAUAUAUUUUUGUUUAGUAUAAAACAGUUGCGUUUGAUUCUAUUUUAGUCAAAACGCAUUCAUCGUUUAAGCUUUGAACAUUAUCUCUAAAAGGAGUCAAGUUCUUACUUUUACCUUCCUACAGUAUUAAUCUUACAAGAAAAGAAAAUAUCAUGAAGUGGCUAAGUUUGUUCUUCAUUUUGGGUUUUUUGGCUUUGAUCUCCACGAUGGGCAGUGUUACUAUGGCAGAACCAAUGCCAAGUCCAAGAGGACGUCCGGCCACCACCAAACGUCCACCUUCUUCGGAUGACAAUGGCGCUGAUCGGCGCUAGUCAAAUGGGAAUUCUAUAAAAUUUCUUAGAUUUACAAUAAAAAUUGUUGUAAAACAUUCUUUUUGUUUGAAAAUAAAGCACUUUAUUGAUCAAUGAAAAGAUA